AUGGCGAAUCAUCGGGCACAGGCGCAGUUCGAACGGGCCAGAUGGCGAGCAGCAGUGUUGUUCCCCAUCUGGGCUCUUCAGCUUCUGCUCACAACAUCCAUGAUGGGCUUGUUCGCAUGGAGAUUGGGCGAUACCCUGAAACAAAGUGACGAGCGAGAGAGCGCUGGCAGAGUUCCAACGAUCGAGUUUGUGUGGGAAGCAACAAACGUCGUAAUGUCCUUCACUGCGGCAACGUGCACGCUCCUCGAAAUCUUCAAGUUCACGUCUGGAGCCCUGACGCCGUGGACUGUGCUGUUCACCCACAUCAUCAAACUUACAUGCGCUUCGGCAAUCCUCGUUCUCGACGUGGUGGUUUACGCUGAGCAGAAGGAGUACCAGUCGCUCAUCGGAAUCGGCCUGGACGUUGCUUUAUUUAUCACGGCCAUCACGCUGGCAAUCUACGCCAUUCUCACGUACAAACGGCUGUCCGCCUUUGACGAUUACGUGCGGCCCGCCAACGUCAAGGGCUACGGCUUCAACGACGGCGAAGACGCCGACUUCUCAUACUCGGGCCGCCUGAGCAUCCGCAACUCCAUGGACAAACGCGCCUCUGUUGGCUCUCGCCGCCUGAGCAUUGGGUCUGUCCGAUCCGUCGCAAACGAACCAGUGGGACUGGACAAUCUGCAACGAACACGCAGCUACUACAGCCAUGAGCGAGACACACAAUUUGACGAAUACGUGGCGCGCAAAAGUUCGCUCGGCGCCAGGUCGGAUUUCGACCGGCGGACGAGCGGCGAUUACCGACGGGACAGUCCCCCAACGGACAUUUCAACAGACUCUUUCGCUGUGACUGGCACGGCGCAGAGCCGCGUUCGAGGAGUUAGCAUCACACAUGAAGCCAGUUAUACCAGCGACCACGUGCUGGUCGCCGUGCCCGAAGAAGAACACGAGGAACCAGACGACGCCGCUGGCCGGAACAAGGCCGGGGUAUCUCUGUUGGGGAGCAGCCGACGGAACAGUGGGGAGAGCAUCAUGCAGUUCCCGCCGGUUCUGCAGGAUGUGGAGUUUACGGAGCCAAAGUGGCAGCGGGAGUAG